UUUUCUCCUUCUCUCACAGUCGUUUCACGAAAUUGAAAACGCAGACACAUUGCGUCUUUCAUUCUUCCUAUCCAUUAUGCACAAAUAGUCUCCGCUCUGCACAACAAAAAAUUACAAUUCCUUCCUGACGCAUCCGCUAUGCAGAACAUUCUUCCCCUUUUCGUGGUUCUGAUCCUUCCUUCUCAUAAAGACUCCUGUGGCUGCGACAUGAAUCACCAUCUUCCAUCCCGUAGGCUCCGUUUCUCACAGGGGAUUUUUUGGAGGGUUCGAAUCAGACUACGGAAGGUGGUCUGCUCCGUUUGGAAGAUGGCUGAGGUUUGGCACCGGACAUUGUUCCUUAAAUGGUGGAUGCUGGCUGGGUGCUCAUACUCGAUUUGGGUUUUCCUGCAAAUUUUCAGAUUUGGUGCACCUAUGCUCUGGGAUUAUGGGGUUCCAGUUUGUGCAUUGGUGUCGUUCUUCUACGUUGUUCUUGAUUGUGGUAUUGAAUUUCCUUUCCCUCUCUCUCUCUCUCUCUGUUGUCCCUGAAAGGCCCAAUUUUUUUUGUCUCUGAUGUUUGAUUCCCUUAGUUUGUAGGCUACUGUUAUCUGGCUGAUAGUGGAAUUAGGACUAUCUAGGCCCAAAUCUAUGAAUUGCAGAAAAUUUGAUAACAUGUCAUUGAUAUUUUUGGAAUCAAUGACAUGAUUUAGCCAAAUAAGUGUGACCGGUGUCUGUAAGCAAGGUAAAAGAGUAGGAAGAAAGAAAUGAUUUAGCCAAAUAAGACCUGACUUGAAGGUUAUCAGUCCCAGGUACCAAUUGCCAUGUAUAGAAAUAGAGAUGAGGUGGCAGGAGUAGUGACUACAUUGGCUAAGUAGCAUAUGAAAGUGAAUGUAGCCCAGCUUAAUUUUGUUUUGGCUGCUUUUUUCUAGCAGAAGAGGGGAAGGUAAGCAACACAUCAAGGAAAAUGACGCCCUUGCCGAGAACCGCGACAGGAUCAAUGAGCAAGCUGAUUCUCCCCCUCUGGUGGCUUCUCUGCCUUCGAUACCAGCAUGGAUUCAGGGUGAAGAGGAGCACAGCGGUGUAUCCGACAAGUCGUCCUUUUCCUCCUCUGAUUCUCGCCAUUGAUGGGAACGUAUGAGAUCCAAACUUUACUUCUCCAGGUUCUCCCAUUAACAACCACUUCUUGAAAUCACCAUUUGAUUGAUUCCCCUAUUUUUUCUUAAUUGCAAUUUUCCUGUUUUGGGUAUUUCAGCUGUAGCAAACAGAACCCUCUUGCUCUGUCCAUUCUGUUGUUAUUAGCCUUCUUUUUCUUCACUUUAAUAUGCGGCUCAAGUUAAGCCAUUAUCAUAUAAACCAGCAUAUGCAUUUCACUCCUUCUCCAUAAUUACAAUCAAUCAUCUUCGACUGUAGUUUAUACUCUUUUUUCCAUUUUGUGGCUGAUGAUUUCAUAAAAUUUGUUCUGAAUUAACCUCAUCAAUUUUAACUCAGAUUAUCUUAUAUGCUUCUUUUUUAACUGAAAUUAGGUUUUAGCAUGGUUUAAAAUUACCUGGUGAGUACUUCUAAGCUCUAACUACUCCCUUUUUUUGUUUCACCAUUGUUGAUUGUUUUGGCGUGUGUUCAAUUUUUUGAAAUCAGUUUAUGUGAGCCCUUUCAUUUAUCCUUUUUGCUGAAAAGGAUCAUGCCCAGUUGUAGAAAACAUAAUGGAUGAACCCCAGUGAAAAUUUCAUUUAGAAUUUUUUUGGUGAUAAGAUGCAAAAGAUGAUGAGGGUUAACCGUAUGUUUGGUCAUAGGAUGCAAAAAGAGGCAGUGACAUUCUUUAUGAUUAGACUAUUGCUAUGGUUUCCGACGGAAGUAUGCAAGAUUAUACAGAGAGGUUGCAGGCUUGCAUUGAAGCAGCUAAGAUGUGCAUGGCAAUUCUGGCACCCAAAGGCCAAAAGAGGUGAGAUUGCAAGACAGAUUGGUGAGGCACUAAGGGCCAAAUUCGAUCUCGGGGAAGGCUGGUGUCUCUUGAGAUGCCUUCCAGAUGGAAUUAGGGAGGUGCAGGAAAUUAUUCAUAUGUGUGAUUAUGCGGUUGGGCUAAGCCGACAAUUGAAUGGAUCGAUUACACCAUCAGAAUGUAAUUUAUUUAUCUAUAUCCAUGAUCACUCCCUUUGCAAAGAUUGGUUAUGUGGUGAAUUCUGGUGCUGAAUUGCUGCUUCUCCUUAUAGUUUUCUAGAGCAAGAGUCAUCCAAUUUUGUAGCGCUGGGAGUUACCAUUGAUGAGAGUAAAUGGAUGAUGGCAUUGAAGGUAGUUUUUCGGAUUUGAUUCUUCACCUUUUGUACAACAAAUCCAUAUAUAUGCUAUUUUAUUUUCAUGAUUC